AUGACGGCUGCUGAUCAGCCUUGGUCUCUGCCCGGAGAGUCUUCAAUGUCUCCCGGCGGACUGACCUGGAUACCAGACCACUCCGAGAUGCAGUCAUGGCCGACUCCGAAGACGUCGUUUAAUGAAGGCCUCUACAAUGUUGCCGUUCUUCACUUGCCCCCUUUGUCUUCUGAAGACGAGCUUGAUGAUCGCGUUGCAUCUGAGGCACACGGCCUGGGUAUUUCAUCGCUGCACAUUACUUCGGACGUCGACAGAAUCGCUUCUUCAGUCUCGACAAUCACCAUCGCUUCUGGCUCCAUGAAUCAGAGCUCCAUCCAAUCCCAGUCCACCGCCGCGACCUCCUGUGCCUCGAGUGAGCAUCGGCCGACCACGCAGUCCUCACGGAUAUCUGAUCGCACUCCUCCGAGUCCAGGUGGCCUCUCACCUGCCUCGACGAACGAGAGGAAAAAAUACUCCCCAUUGAAACGAGGGUUCCAAAAAAUGGCAAGCUUUCGGAAGAGACGGUCAGGGGCUCUGACGGCUUCUUCGACCCUUACAAGUAUCAACAGUGAUGCCGACACCAAUGGUAGCGAGGAUUUGUCGGGGGACAUGCGAAGUCCUAUGUCGGUCAAAUCGAGUCAGAGCUUGUGGUCACAGCCAUUAUCCAUGGCAAAAUCAAGCAGUGAAUCAGCAUCUUUCGUGGAUAUAGAGGCGUUGCAGAGAAGCAUGGGGUGUAUGGAACUACUCAACCUUCGAAUGGCUCAGCUGGACGAAAAGUCCCGUUUCUUGGAGUUCCAGGCUUCACUGAUGGCCCACUUACGGUCAGAAAGAGAUUCACUCAAGGCGCAAUGGAAGACUUUGCAGGAGACCGCAAUUGCCGAGCAACGAGCAAAGAUUGACCGGACUGUCGAAGAUCUAGAAGCCCGCCAACUCGAGGAAGAGAUGAAGAUGGAAAAGGAACACGAGCUAGAGAAGAGAGCUAUUAUGUUGCGCUUACGGCAUAUGGAAGCUUAUUGUCAAAACCCAACUCCACCUUCGACGCCUGUGGACCCGGCCUCCAGACAUGCUUCGACCGAUUCUAUCUUUCCAGAGCGCAAAGUCACCGAUAAAGACUAUCACAAUCUCGCUCAACAGUAUCGGGAACGAGACAUCAUGGAUUCUCUGCAUGCCUCCAAAAUCAACGUUUUGCGUGGUAAGCAAAAACGAGCGGUCGAGAAUCUCAUACGGAAAAAGGAAAAAGAGAUGGAAUCUCUGGAAAGAGAACAAAAGAAGGACCUAGCCGUCAUUGAUCGAGAAUUUUCCAGCCAGGAAGCCGAUCUGAGAAUGGUCCUGGCAAAGAAGAGAGCGAGGCUCGAAUCCAGGUGGAGGACCCAGGCCCUGAUUGAGCGAACCAAGAUUGAAAAAGCGACUGGCCUGGCACAUGCCCCGUUACCUGAUGUUGUCGCCAUUCAGGAUAUCAACGGUUGCUGA